AUGAGGUCAAUCAUCAGCCUGGCCAUAGCCUGGCUCGCCGCGACCGUCGUGGCGCAGUCGGACGAGUCGGGCAAGUACGAGGCUGUAUUCUUCUUCUACGCCUACGCCAACGAUUGGAUGAUGCAUCCGGGAAACAACACCAUCGGCGGCCGCAAGUCGGGCGGCAGCAAGGGCGGCUACGGCGGGUGCUGGAACCCGACGACCCGGUACGACAUCAACAUUGGCGACGCCUACGGCAUCGCCCGGCGCCUCGAACUGCAGAACAAGAAGCUCUACUGGGACCACAUUACCUACGUCAUGAAUACCUUCGGCAAGGACGCGGACAAGAAGGGCUCCUUAACGCAAUUUGUCAACGUGGCCGCCAACGCGCUGCAGCUCAUGAACAAAGCCGUGGCCAAGGACGACGUCGACGCCCUCAAGGAAUGGAUCGGCGACAAGGCGCCGAACGGCUUCAAGAUAGAUAUCCUCGACCUGCCCCUGGGUCAGAGUCAUCACCAGAUCUUUGGGGGUCUCACAUUUCAUCUUCGGCAAACAAUGUAA